GACAUCAAUUGUAUCUACAAGCAGUGGAAAAAAGUUCGCGAUCGGUAUGUUCGGGAGAAGCGAAAAAUACGCAUGUCUUCAGGAAAUGGUGGUGAGAUGGAGGAGUCGCAAUGGGAUCUGUUCCCGCAAAUGAUCUGGAUUGAUCCGUAUUUGGAUGAUCGGGCAACGCAGUAUUCGAGAAAUGUAAAACGGAAGCGCGACAGCGAAGAGCUGUCGGACGAUGGCUACUUGGAUGAUCUUGCUGAUACCCCGCAUGGCCAGCAUGGAGGUGUAUAUAGUGCUCAAAAUGAACAAAGGACGUCAUUGGUUGCUGGGAAUUUAUCACUGGAACAACAAGAUAUGAGUGCAAUUGAUGGUGAUAAAGCAUUUGCACUGAGUGUUACGGCCGAUAUGCUUGCCCUCCCCGAAAAUGCUAGGGCCAUGGUGAAGGCAGAAAUACAGAAUUGGCUCGAUAACUCAAGGCUAUCGCAACAACUCGAAUCAAAAUAG